AUGAGCAGCUUACUUAGAUUCUAUUCAUCUUCUUUAAAGACACACCCUAAGACUACAAAUGCUAUGAUGACAGGUGUGCUAUUUGGAAUUGGUGAUAUUAUAGCACAGUUGCAGUUUGCUGAUACGCCAGAUACAAACUAUAAUCCUAUGAGGACUCUGCGGCCGUUUAUCUAUGGUGCUUUUAUCUUUUCAUUUAUCGGUGAUAAGUGGUAUAGGAUAUUGAACACUAAGAUCAAAAUAAGUGGCAAACCUACGGACCACUGGAUGAAUACGGUAGCAAGAGUAGUGUUUGAUCAACUUUUUUUUGCUCCUGUUGGCAUCCCAUUUUACUUCAGUGUGAUGACAUUGAUGGAGGGAGGGUCUUUUUUACAAGUUAAGGAGAGGUUGAAUGAGAUUUGGUGGUCAACGCUUGUUACUAACUGGGCUAUCUGGCCGGCAUUCCAGUUUUGUAAUUUUUCAUUAUUGCCAGUGCAGCACAGAUUAUUGGCUGCCAAUUUAAUGUCAAUCUUUUGGAAUACCUUUUUAUCGUACACUAAUGCUCACUCAUCUCCUGUCGAUAAGGAUUAA